UUUUCCGGUUGCUAAGCUAAUGCCUGAGAGACGAAGUUGUAGGAGUUCUGACUAGCCCCCUGGUGAGUGGCAGUCUUCCUUUGAGCACGGAGGGGACUGAGCGAAGGCUGAAAGAUGGUCUGAUGGACCGCCGCUUCUUCCUGACCUUCCUCUUCUGCUCAGUGUCGUGGAUCUUCUUCUGGGAAGUACGCUGGAAGAAAGGAAAAGAAAGUCAGAUUGAGGAAUGGCUCCAAGGACAUAGCCUCUCUCAAUACAGCUACUUAUUCGAAGAUGUACAGACACUGGAGGAACUGAGUCUGAGUGUACUGAGUCGUCUGGAAGAGGUGGUGAAGGAACAGCAGCGCUGGAGGGAAAUUGCCGAGGCCCACAUCCAGCUGCUCCGAGACUUUGCCUUCCAGGAGUGGCUUUGCUCCCAGAACCUGGAGCACUACUACCACACACUGAAAACCUUGGGUUGUAUGAAUCUGGAUGAUCUGUCUCAGUUUGACAGUCAACUGCAGCUGUCUCUAGCUGCCUGGGGCUACUACUACGACGACUACAUAAGGUUGUCUACAGGCAUCAAGAUCCUCCAGACAUCCAGGGGGAUUCGUGACCAGGACUACGAGAUCCGGCUGGUGCACAGCCUUGCUGAGAGGCGUCUGAAUGAGAAGUGGUCAAUUGCGGGAGCUCUCAUAUUUGGCUGUACUGUGGCACUGUGCUUCUUGAUAAGGGACCUCAUGUUUUACGUGAUUGGUGGAAUUACUGUUUCCAUCAUAGCGUUUGUCUUUACCAUCAAGUUCCUCUGUGAGCUUGCAGCGAGGGUGGUCAGCUUCCUGCAGAAUGAGGAUCCAGGGCGACGCGGUGACCGUAGCAUCUACGAUUAUGUCCGGGGCAACUACCUGGACCCACGUUCCUGCAAGGUGUCUUGGGAUUGGAAGGAACCGCAGGAAGUGGGCCAAACUAUGAGCUUCAGAGUUCAGCUGUUCUAUAAGAACGGCCAGCCUUUCCCGGCUCAUCGGCCUGUGGGACUGAGGGUCAACAUCACCCACAUUGAGUUGGCUCUGGACAUUCCUGUUACACAGGAGGUUCUUCAAGAACCAGAAUCCAAUGUGGUCAAAGUGGCCUUCACAGUGCGCAAGGCCGGACGUUAUGAGGUUGCUGUGAAGCUGGGUGGCCUCAAUGUGGCCUACAGCCCCUAUUACAAGAUAUUCCAGCCAGGUACAGUUGUCCCAUCCAAAACCAAGAUAGCCUACCAUUUCUCCACACUGGUGCUAACAAACGGCCAGCAGCACACUUUGCAGAUUGAGCCCAGGGACGAGUAUGGAAACCCCACCAGUAACUCCACAUCUCUAACAGAUGAAGCCAACUACAGCGUCCAUGUACACUCUCUGGGCACAGUGGAUGAUGACAAUCUGGAGGAGUACUACAGUAAGUCAGUUUCACUCAACAAGCAGCAGUGCCAGGUUCUGCUGAGACUGACCCUGAGGAGGACGGGCUGUUUCAGGGCCCGUAUCUCCUACAAGGCCCAGCCGCUCAGCAACGGGGAGUUUGACAUUAUUGUUCUCAAUGAGAAUGAGAAGGCCUGUGUGGAGAAGAAUGUGUCCACUCCAGGCAUCAGUAUCUACUUUGAGGCAUACCUUUACAGCAGUGGGAACUACAGCAGUUCCUCGUGGCAGUUACCAGCCUCCUCUUUGCUAGCUCCCCAGAGGAGGCCCUCCAUGGGAGAAGAGGAGGAUGAGCACGACUCUCCUGUGGAGGGACAACCUGAGAAGGUCAAGAAACCAAAAAAGGUCUACUGUUACAUAUCGCCAAAGCAACUAUCCGUGAAGGAGUUCUACCUGAAAAUUAUUCCGUGGCGCCUUUUCACCUUUCGAGUAUGUCCAGGAACGAAGUUUACCUAUUAUGGUCCUGACCCGGUACACAAGUACCUCACUCUAGUGGUGGAUGAUGGGAUACAGCCUCCCGUAGAGCUCAGCUGCAAAGACAGGAACAUCAUGGCAGCCACUUUCAUUCGCUUCCUCCACAAGAACAUUGGUGGCUCUGAAACCUUUCAAGACAAAGUGAACUUCUUUCAACGUGAACUCAGGCACAUCCACUCCAAGAGACCUCGCACCAAGACCUGCCUAAAAAUCACUCGACACUCCAUUCUAGAUUCAUCCCUGAAGGCUACAAGGAACUUCUCUGUGUCAGACUGGAGUAAGAACUUUGAGGUCGUGUUUCAGGAUGAGGAAGCUCUGGACUGGGGAGGGCCUCGCAGGGAAUGGUUUGAGCUUAUUUGCAAGACCCUCUUUGACACCUCCAACCAGCUGUUCACCCGCUUCAGCGACAACAACCAGGGCCUCGUGCAUCCAAACGCUGACCGGCCAGCCCACCUGCGCCUAAAGAUGUAUGAGUUUGCAGGACGCAUCGUGGGGAAGUGCCUGUAUGAGUCAGCUCUGGGUGGGGCCUACAAACAGCUGGUGCGAGCUCGCUUUACACGGUCCUUCUUGGCCCAGAUCAUUGGCCUCAGGAUGAACUACAAGUACUUUGAGACAGACGACCAGGAGUUCUACAAAACUAAAGUCUGCUUCAUCCUAAACAAUGACGUGAGCGAAAUGGACCUGGUGUUCGCCGAGGAGAAGUACAGCAAGUCAGGACAGCUGGAGAAGGUGGUGGAGCUGAUAUCAGGGGGCGCUCAGAUUGCUGUUACCAAUGAAAACAAGAUGCACUAUCUAAACCUGCUGGCCCAGUACAGACUGGCCAGCCAGGUGAGAGAUGAGGUGGAACACUUCCUGAAAGGUUUGAACGAACUGGUUCCAGAAAACCUGCUAGCUAUAUUUGAUGAGAAUGAGUUGGAGCUGUUGAUGUGCGGCACCGGUGAUAUAAACGUGCAGGACUUCAAGGCCCACGCUGUGAUUGUGGGGGGAUCAUGGCACUUCAGAGAGAAAGUGAUGAAGUGGUUCUGGGCCGUAGUGUCCAGCUUCACCCAGGAAGAGUUGGCUCGUCUGCUGCAGUUCACCACCGGCUCCUCUCAGCUUCCCCCUGGAGGAUUCAACACCCUUUGCCCCUCCUUCCAGAUCAUUGCCGCCCCCACACACAGCACCUUGCCCACUGCACACACGUGUUUUAACCAGCUGUGCCUCCCCACCUACGACUCCUACGAGGAACUGCACAAGAUGCUGAAGCUGGCCAUCAGCGAGGGCAGCGAGGGCUUCGGCAUGCUCUGACUCGCCCGUCACCGGCGCCGUGGUUCCACUUGUUCAAGAGCGGAGCAGCGCUGCCCGAUCCAGUGCACCGGUUCCCUGCGUUCCCUAUAAAUACUCUCUCAGGAUGAGAGGGUGUUACAGGAAGUCCCAGAAGGCUGUCCUGAGACCGGGACUCAACCUUAUGAACUCUAGUGCUUCUGUAUGUAUGUAAAAUAUCUUGCUUUUGUAAAAAAAGGAAACCAUGAACUGCUGGAAAAGGUGAGGUUUGCGCUAGUUUUAUUUCUUGAUGCUAAUAUUGAUUAGUUUUAUAUGUUUGAAAGACAUGACGCUAGAGCAAAGGCCUUGAGUAUUACUGUAUAACUGCUUUCUUUCUUUUUUUUUUUUUGCAUUUUGCAAACUGAGGAACACUUAAGUGCAACAGCAGCCUACAUGUGAUGUGGGUGACACGUGCAUCUACAGCACUUUGGCCUUAAUCGAUCAGGGACUGAUGUGUGUAUGUAAAUAUAUAAUAUCUCUCUUUUAUUUGAAUACUUGUACAUAGUAGUGUGUAUACAUAGGUUUUCAUCUGGUUACCUUUUUGAUUUGACAUUUAAGGAGAAGGGAUUUCUUUAUUGUUGCACGUUUGAUGGGUUGAGAGUUUAUAUAAUUUCGAUAAGCUUUUUUGUUUCCGUCAGAAAUGAAUGGGUUUUAAAAGAAGCCAAGUAAUUUCUAUUGUUUGUACAUGUUUUUAACUUAUUAUGUCUGAAAACAAUGUUUGUGUGGACCCCUACUGUUUAAAUUAUGUUUGUCUGGAGCGGGAAAAUGUUGCUGUUAUGUUUUAUAACCUGCCUUAUUCAUCAUACCCUUUGCCUCUGAUUGCUUCCAGGGAAGUGCGUAGGUGAGAGCAACGUAGCCGACAGGUAGUAGAUAUGUUAUGACAUUUCUCCUAGUACACGCAGGGGUCACUGUGGAUGUGAGUGCUGGUUGGAUGUAGGAGAGAGCCCUUAUACAACAAACAUUUUGUUGUACAUGCUGUAUGCGUUUUCCUUUUCCAUUCACAGCCUUUUAUGGGUUUACCUCAGAAUCUACUAUGCCACCUUUGCAUCCUCUGAGAGGUGGAUUUGUGUUCAAGCACACGUAUAGCAAAGCAUACACAUACAGUUUGUUGAUAGUUGCCUCCUUCCAGUCCUCACUGUACAACCUUUAGCCAUAUUGUCCCAUAUUCUCAGUAAGAUAAAGCAUUCUAUCAGUGGUGAGUGUGCCCUUUAUGUUAUUGUAAAAGUAAGUAUCUUUAAUGCUGUUAAUGUUGACCAUAUCCUGAGCCAACAGAGUUGUUUUCUCUUUUUUCCUGUGAUAACUGUGUAGCAAUUCCUUUGCUGUUCCAGAGUUUACAUGUUCAUUAGCCAUUUUGUAAUAGUGUGUGCUGCCAGUUGGAGUGUUUGUAGAGCGUUUAGGGAAAUUCAUGUUUAGGUUCAGAGGCGUUAAUGGAUGAUUUUUCUCAAUGGGGGUUUUGAUUAGAAUAUGUCCGUGUUCCCCCACAGAGCACUCUGGAUACAGUUUCACCCCCCAAGUUGUUCUGUAGAAGUUUGAUUGAAGAGCCACAAAGAGAUUUGACUUUAAAGGCAGAGAAGUGUCAUUCUGACUGCAGUCGCUGCAGGUUGGGAUUAACUGCAUUGAUUCACCCAAGCCAACACAGCGUCCGCUUGGGGUCUAAUGAGUAUUUGCUUGUGCUUUAGCUGGCUUUAUACAGUGUCAAGAGGUUUAUAAGAGGGUUUAUGGAUUUGUGUUUGUUUGGGUAGUGCAAUGUUGACCUGAUGUACCAAGGAGAGCAGUGAAAAUGGUUCAUGAAGGGUGUGUUCUCCGCACCAAUACCAAUGGCUGAUAUAUUUAUCUGAAGUAAAGGUAGUCUAAGCAUUAUGUGUGUUAGUUGUCCCGUUAGAUCUGACCAUUACAAACCAAUAUGAAGGAGGUUUGUCUAGUUUUAUGUUCUUGUUUAAUGAUUUGCUUUCAUGAGCAUCUACUAUGUUUUAUGUUUGGGUUGUUUCUGGGUAAAAUGACCUGAGUGUGACUUUUAGCAAUGUAGAUAUUGUGAAAUAUUUGCCUAUGACUUUGAAGCUGGGGUACUUUUUCCUUUUCUUUUUUUAAUGGCAAGUCUUUGCUGAUGAAUGUUUGAGAUUCUCUGCUCUGCAGGCCCUUUGUUUAUGGGAAUAAAUAAUG